AUGCCCCCACGUUCACUUCUCUAUACAGUGCUUUUACUUUCGCUUCUCUUAGUCACUGUCUUCUCCCAAACCCCAUCGAAAAAGACCAAAAGAACUUUAAAAAAGAAAAUAAAACCAGAUGAAACCGCAAAAGAUCUUUGUAUAUACGAUUUCAUCGCAAUGGAUUACGAAGACCCCCAUGUCACUCUUCAAACCCAAACCAAUUGUUACAGUUUAAUUCAAAAUUACACUUCAAAAAUACUUUCCUUCGACAGAGAUUUGCAGUGUUACCUCCACCCCUCCAACUUUUAUAUCCACAAAGCUAACAACACCAUUUCAAGGUGUGGUCAGGCUCUUCGUCUUGUAGGGCCGUCACAAAAGCAGUUCAUUUGUUAUGUAGCGGGGACUAUGGAGUUAUCCGCUCCAGACUUAAAUAAAGAUCUUCAGACUCGGAUCAUCGGCAUUCAACGCCACAACUUAAAUUACUUAACCGCCGGACUGACGGGCGCAGUCUCUUAUAUCUCUCAAGUCACCUUCUCACCAGAAGUCCCUGUACUUGGAGUAACCCCUUCUAUUCAUGUUGUUCAGAGAACAGAGAAGAGUGUUUCCUUACAAGUCAUUAACUCAAAUACAAUCGUCGAAGCCGUCGAAGUCAUCGACGGUAAUCAAACCACACAGUACCCGUUGCGGCGUGACGGGCUAUUUGUAGUGGACAUCUCGAAAGGCCCCGUCGCGACACUUCGACUCCUCUCGGACUCCCACGAGAAGGUGUCGCUCCUCUGCGACUUCUCGAAAGGAGACGUUUUUGUGUCUGACUUUCACUUUUCUGCGAGAACGCCGCAGAAGUGUCGAUUUCUAGUGGACGAUGUGGUCUAUCAGGAACACACGCGAACGAGUCUCCCGAGUGUUUUAAAGUGGCAGAUUUGGCAAGGGACAGUGUCUGGGAGUGGGUCACAAAUACCGGAAAGUGAAAGAGAAGUGUAUAUCAAAAAGUCAGAUUAUUAUGAGAAAGAGGC